AGCUUCGUGCAAAACCCCUAGCUUAACACCACUAGAGAGGCGACAAGAGUUGAAGGAAGACGAAAUAUGGGGAAAUCAAAGAGAGAAGAUCUGAAUCAGUUUCUGAUUGCUCAUCUCAACACCAUCUACGAUACUCUCCAGUUGUUCGAUCGAACAGCGUCUCCUACAGAGGAGAAAGUUAACUGGAACGAUGUUCUUCAGAUGUCUGAUCACCUCUCUAAACAAGCCACCAUAGUGGGAAUGCUAUGGACUGGAGAAGCACCAAAAGCUGAAUCACUCAAGGAGACUAUGGAGUCUUACUUCAACGCUCUUCAAGGCUUUUUGCUUUGUUGCCAUGGAAGCACAGUUGGAGCUGGGCCUACACUUUCUUCAAUCAUACAUGUCUCUGUCAAGCAAAUCGUUGAUUCCAGCUUCAGAUUGUUGCAGGGUUCUGUUUCCUUAUACGAGGGAUCAUAUGAAAAGGACAAGAAGCCUUCUAUUCCACAGCUUUCAGGAGCAGUUUGGGAAGCAUGCUCGGGUUUCAAGAAGGUUCCUGCAACAAACAUCAUCGCAAUUGGGAGAGCUAUUACGCAGGUUGCGGUUUCCAUGAAGGAUGUUCUUAGGGAGAUGAAAGAAGUGAAGCCAGCUUGUCCUUCACCUGAGCUUGAGGCAUCUGGUGAUAAUAACACAGAUGAUGAUGACGACGACGAUUUAGGCGAUGAUUUGUCUCCUGAAGAAAUGGAAGUUGCUCAAAUGGUUGCUGAGAUUGUUUCUGAGAUGCUCAUGGUGAUGAAAGAACUCAUCCGAGUUAUCACUGGGAUGAUCAAGCUGGAGAAUCCAAAGGAUAAUAGCGGGUUUGUGGACUCGCUUGAGAAGAUACUAAAGCUGUGUCAAGGAACAGGAGUACAAAUCGAUGAGCUUGGAGCUUGCGUUUAUCCACCGCAGGAGAUAAACAAGAUGCAGCAAACGGUGAAGAUAAUACAAGAAAAUCUCGAUGAAGUUGAGGCUGAAGUUGGAGGUUUGAAGAGUUCUUCAGACGCCUUUUCCGGAGCUUGCAUAAAGCUUCGAAACUCGAUGAAGAACAUGGAAACUGAAUUGGACAAAAGAUGUGAAGCUGAAGUAGUUGUUGAGAUGCAGAAUGUUACUCUUGGCAGUUAGAGAAAGUUUGGAUUUUGUAAGGUUUCUUUGAGUUUCAUCUUUGUCUUUCAGGUUCUGUCGGAAAGUGGCAUGUGUCUUUUAACAUUCAUGAUAUGUAUUGUUCAGUGUCUUGCAUACAAUUCCCAAAUUUUAUAGAUAUGUAACUUA